UAUUAUAUGUAUAUGUAAACUAUUAUCUACCGUCGCAUUAUUAUAUUGUGAACUGCAGCGCGCAUUGCCCAUAUAUUAUAAUAUACCGAUAAUGAUGUAUUAUGCAUUAAAUCGUUAAUCGCAUUUUCGGCCUCCUGCACGUCAUUGCAGCCGUUCGAUUCACUCGACAAUAACCGGUGGUGCGCCGUCCAACAGAACCAGCGACUGGGAAACCGUCUGCUUUCGAACGUAAAUCACCACACACCGCGAAGACGCUCGACUUUCGCUAAAACACGGUCAGUCGGAAAACCAUUUUAUAAACAUAAUAUUUUGAUGAUGAUUAGCGGCGGUGAAUCGUCGACGUUGCUGAGGCGGCUGUCGACGAUCGGCGCGUGGCUGUUGUGCUGGUCGUGUUGCAUCGUCACGACUUGUGCCGCGGACUCGGGAGACUUCGACGACUAUCGUUUCGACGGGGGCCUUUGCGAGUUCUACCAGCUCAUCGAGCCCGGCAACAGGUCAUACUACUUGUACUCACCCGGUUACCCGGAACCGUACCUGGCCGACGACCGGGACCGGGAAUGUCGGUGGUUUGCUAAGACGCCUUCGCCCGCCGAUCGGUUGGUGUUGGACUGCCACGAGUUUGAUUUGCCCGAGAGUUCUUUUUGUAAAUCGGACGCAUUAAUCGUGUCUCGUGUCGGUGACACUAACUUCACGGACGGCGUCAGGCACUGCGGACCUAGGUCGUUCACGGCUAUCAGUCGUACCAACAGGAUGUACAUCAAGUUCGUGGCGAAACGUCAGAGCAGAAGUGGACGGUUCAUGUGUUCGGUGGGAGCGAAACGCGUUGAUUUUUGGAUCCCAGAGACCGUGACGAACCCACAGUUCUGCGAGUGCGGAGAGCAAGACCAGGGGGUGUUCGCCAACGAGAAAACGGCUGGUGUGAACGAGUAUCCGUUACUAGCCUCGCUGAUCGACGGGCAGACCGCCAACCUGUUUUGCGGAGCGACAAUCAUUAGCAGGCACCACGCGCUGACUGCAGCUCGCUGUCUGACAAAUGUCAAUCCUUUUCAAAUUGCCCUGUUGGUCGGCGACCACGAUAUGACCUCUCUAGGUAGCGAUGGCGAUCCAUCAUUAUUGGUCGUGGUCACCGAAAUGUAUAUACACCCGUUGUUCGAAAAGUUAUCCAUCGCACACGACUUGGCCAUCGUCGAAACUCACGAAGUAAUACCGUUUUCGUCUAAGGUAGGACCGGUGUGUUUGCCAUUCAAGCACGUUUACAACGAUUUCGUCGGUGAUACCAUCAGAGUCUUCGGGUGGGGAACUGUAAACUUUGACAAUCAUCCCGUAUCUGGCACGCUCCAGAAAUCGUAUCUCAAGGUUGUGCCGACGUCACAAUGUGACGAAAACUAUAAAAACGAGACCGACCACAAUCAGUUAUGCACACACUUCACCAAAGUCAAUUCUUGUCAAGUGGAUUCAGGAGGCCCACUUCUGUGGUCCGAUCCUUCUACUGGGAGAUUGAACAUAAUUGGUGUGGUUGGCAACAGGUUUGUCUGUGACGAAUCGACGCCAUCCAUGCACACCAGACUGACAACAGCGAAAAAUAUGAAUUGGAUUAAAGUGAUACUAACAGGACAAUAUUACUGCAGUUGAUUAAAUGUUUUUGCGCCUGUAUUCUGUAAGUGCAUUUUAAGUUAAUUAGAAUAACAAAAGAUUUUCAUAUUUUCCAAUAAGUGAGUAAUGAAAAUGUGAACCAUCCGAUACUAUAUUAAACAUUGAAUAACUAACAUUUAUGAUUUACAUUUACGUUAUGAAUACAUGUUGUUCUCUUUAAACUUGUGUCUUAAUUUGUUUAAUUCAGCGUUUUUUUAUUUAAUGUAUAUGUAUUUUUUGUUUCCGAAGUGCCUUCACUGGUUGGUUCUUUCCUCAAGCCACCACAUUAUAAUUAAAAAACAUUAUUUAUGCUUAUUAUACCAUCACUUAAGUAUAGAUUGUACCAUUUCUGAAUAAAAAAAUAUUUAUAUAUAUUUAUAUAGGUAGAUAUAUACUUCGAUCAAAACAAAUUUCUGGUAUUGCACAAGGUUGCUUUAUUAAAUUGCUAUUAUUAUACUGAUGUAUGUAACAAGGAUAGAUUCUGAAUCCAUUAGAGCAGUAGUUCUCAACUGCCCCCCCCCCCCCAAAGGGGAUAGAGAAGAGCUGGAGGGCAGUGGAUUUGAUUUGGGUGGUAGAGGGUGCGGUGAAUAUGUUUUGGGUAAAAGAGGGGCGGCAAGCGUGUUUAUAAAAAAAGGUUGUACAUGGUAUGAUACAACAAUAAUACAUACUAAUUGAUAAUCCAUUUAAUAACUAUCAGUCACUGAUAGAUACUAUUAUGUUGAACAAUGCACAAUAACUUCUCUUUGAUUUUUUCAAUUUAUCAUCUUUAUUAUUUUGCCGAUUGUGCGUGCACAUUUUAUUUUAUUAUAUAUUUUAUUAUAUUAACCAACCUUCUAAUAUACCAUUUGAUUCGAUCCGAGCAUGUUGUAUUAGUUUUCAUUAUAGUUGUUGCUAUUUCCAAUUUAAUAAAAUAAUAUUCAGUUAAUAAAAUCCUGUUAAAUCGUAAAAAGCCCAUACCAUAAGCUAAGAGUUAAUACCAUUAUUUUUUAUUCAACAAUCAAAAACCAUGUCUAUAAA